AUGCAGCGCGGGGGCUGGGAGCCGGGGGCGCGGGAGGACCGCGUCGUCGACAAAAUGAGGAGCAGCGUCGCGGGCGGUGACCGGAGUGGUGCGGCUGACGUUGAUGAACGUGUAACAGUCCUGCGCAGCAAACAGUUAGCCGAGGACACCAAUGAGAACUUGCUACGGGCGCUGCGGGUGAGUGAGACGACAAAUGAGACGGGCUACGCAACACUGCAGCAGCUGGGACGGCAAAAAGAAACCAUUGGCCGCGCCGUGACGGGUGUUGAGGAGACACUGGGUGAGUUGAGCGGUGCCCGCAGGACGAUUCGCAACAUCCGCAUGGGGGUGUACAAGGAGUGGGCGGUGAAGGGGCUUGUGCUGCUGGUGCUGAUGCUGAUGGAUUGUGCUCUCUUUUACGUGAAGUUUAUUCGAAGGUAG